AAAGUUUAGGAACUUAUCCUCUUAACAGUAUCAGUUCUUGCAUGCAGAUGUGAGUUGCGUUUCCUAAGAAGAGGCUUAUAAAUAGACCUGUGCUGUAAUCAUUUUCCUCAUCUCAAACCUUGAGUUUCUUCACCUACUAGUAUCAUAAAAGCUUGCUGCAUUUCUGUUAUUUCAUUACCAUUAUAUCUCACAAACAAAGCAUUCAUUCAAAGAUAAUGGAUGUUGUGAAGGGUUUGGUGCAGGAAAGGCCAGUGGUUAUUUUCAGUAAGACUGGCUGUCCUGUGAGCCAUUCGAUGAGACAGCUCAUCACUGGCUUUGGCGCUAAUCCUACUGUAUAUGAAAUUGAUCAAAUGCCAAAUGGACGAGAAAUUGAUAGAGUUCUGCAGAUGAUGGGCCGCAGACCCAGCGUACCAUCCAUCUUCAUUGGUGGAAACUUUGUAGGUGGGCCCAAUGAUGUGAUCACCCUUCAGGUUCAGGGAAGACUGGUACAAAUGCUGAUGGAUGCCGGAGCUAUUUGGGUCUGGAAUAGGAACUAACUAACUUAUCCAGGAUCAGCAGUUAGAAGUAGAAUAAAGGAAGUUAUAGUUAUGAUUUUAUAGAGGACUUGAACGGGAAAUAAUGUGUCUUCUGCAGUGCCUUGUUUUUCUAAGCACAAUCAUAUUUUGAUGACUGAAAAUUAGUGUUUUUCAGUCAGUCAUAUUCUCCUUCUGCUAAAAUAUAUUUAUAUAUAAAGAAAAAUUACGAAUAAAUUUUAUA